CAUAUACAAAGUUCAGGUGUGCUGGGGUUAUUUAUUUAUACAACCUGACAUUGCCUUAAAUUAAUUUGUUAUUAGUCUAAAGUUAGAACGACGCUUAAUAUUUGUGGACUGUUGCUUUUUAACGUUGAUUACUAAUGACGUAAUUAAAGUUACUGUGAAGCAGGCUAUACUGCAUUUCAAUUGUAUUAUUUAUCUAUUUAUUUAUUGUUUAUUUAUUUGUUAAAACACUGCUAAAGCUGAAGUGCGUUGUCGUUUGUUCUAUUUUUUCUUUCAUUUAAUUUAAUUGUAUUACCCUAUUGAAGACUAUUAACUUUAGGGAAGAAAAAUCAAGAACUUAAAGGAGUUCUAACAGUAAGGCUGGUGUCGUGAAUAAAAUCCAGGCAGAACUUUCUGUUUCCAUCAGCAAUCUAAAGAUAAUCCGCAGUAGAAUCUCUGAAGAUGAUGCUGCCGAGGUCCAUCCUGCUCGUGACGUUGCUCUGCUCCCUGGCUGGACCUCUCCUGGCUGAAGUCGGAUUCCUGACCCAUGAUUUUUCGACCAGCUUGGAAAACAUCCUUCCAACCAUGACCCGACCAGUGAACAUCAGCCGCAGCUUCUAUGGCAUCAUGUUCGACGCAGGGAGCACAGGGACCCGAAUCCACAUCUACAAGUUCAUUCAAAAAGCUCCAGCUGAACUUCCCCUUUUGGACAAUGAGAUUUUCCAUUCUGUGAAACCAGGGCUGUCAGCCUAUGCAGACGCUCCAGAGAUGGGUGGAGAUACAGUGAGACAGCUGUUGAAGAUUGCAAAACACUCAGUGCCUAAAAAACAGUGGAAGACGACCCCAGUGGUUUUAAAGGCUACAGCAGGACUCCGGCUACUUCCAAAUGAGAAGGCACAGGCUCUGCUUGAAGAGGUUCAGGAGGUCUUUGAAGAAUCACCAUUUCUUGUACCAAACAACAGCGUUAGUAUAAUGGAUGGAACAAAUGAAGGAAUUUUAGCUUGGGUAACCGUAAACUUCUUAACAGGUCAUCUUUACCUUAAAAGCUACAGGACUGUUGGAACCUUGGACUUGGGUGGAGGUUCAACUCAGAUCACGUUUCUGCCAAAAACAAAGAAAACCCUUCUAUCAGCCCCCCAGGAUUACAUUGCAAAAUUUGAGAUGUUUAACACAACUUACCAACUGUACACUCACAGCUACCUGGGUUGUGGAUUGUAUGCUGCUAGACUGGCAACUCUUGGGGCACUUGGAAAUCACGCACAAAAUAAAGUAUACACAAGCACAUGUUUUCCAAAGAGGUUUAAAGAUGAUUGGACUUUUGGUGGAAUAACAUACAAAGUUAGCGGGAAUCCGGAAGGCUAUACAGGAUACAAACACUGCUACCAGGAAGUAGUGAAAGUGGUCAAGGGAACUGUCCAUCAGCCAAUGGAGGUGAAGGCCAGCUCUUCCUUCUAUGCCUUCUCAUACUACUUCGACCGAGCUGUUGAAUCAGGACUGAUCGACGGACAGAAAGGGGGUAUUAUAGAAGUACGAGACUUUAAAAAGAAAGCCAAAGAAGUGUGCAAUAAAAUGACAAAGUACCGUCCAAUAAGUCCAUACCUGUGUAUGGAUAUGACUUACAUCACUGCCUUACUGAAGGAUGGAUUUGGAUUCAAGGAGAGCACAGUUUUAAAGCUGACCAAAAAGGUGAAUAACGUUGAGACAAGCUGGGCUUUGGGAGCCGCUUUCCACCUGCUGCAGUCACUGAAGAUGCCCUGAAGGCAGAACGCAAAGACAGUGGCUUACAGAUAUGGACCAUUCCAGCCGGCAUGACCAACUUUGAAUAACAAAAAUAAAAGCCCAGGUCUAUUCAACACUGCCAUACGUGGUUUUAUGUUGACUGGUUAAUUUAACCAUUAGGGUUGAAAGAAAGACUUGCAUUGCAUGGCAGUUUGAGCCAUUUCGUGUUUUACUAUGUGCUUAAUUAGACACAGCCUCUUGAUUUUAAAGAUGGUCACUGUAAAAUCUGGAAUUCAUCAAACUUCUGUGCAAAGGGCUUGUUAUUCACAUCCUUGUUUCUUGUAAUAUCAAUUUGGUUUUUAACAUCUGUAUGUAUUUUUUGUAUUUUUUAACCCAUAAAUAUCAAGCAAAAGCGUCUUUAUAUGUGCAACCGUUUACAUUUAACUUUCUAUAGAGCAAAAGCGCUGUCUUAAUUACAAACGUGCAGGGAUAUUUUCUUGUCUAGGGGAGCAUAAUUUAGGAAAGCUAAGACCCUUUGCAAAUCCAUAACUGACCAUGUUGAAUUCCAAACUAGCUUGUUCGAUAGUUUUUCUCAAUUGGGAACGAAUUUAUUGCUUUUAUUGCACAAAACACUUUAAUUACUGUAAGUGAGAUCGCUGUGAUCACUUGUUAAGUGAUUAUCAGCUCUACAGAUUACAUUUUUAUUGGUGAGGCUAUAUAAAUGCCACUACAGCUCAGGGUGCUGAAAAAAACCACGCUCAGGACAAGUGCAGUACCAGCCACUGAAGGGUCAGCUUUAAUAUUAGACACAGCCAUAGACUUCUAUUUGUAGCAGAACUUUAGCAAAUUAUUACAUAGUAUUUAUAGCAGCUUGGCCACAUUGGCUGUCAUACAGUCAACUGCCUGGUGAUGGUUUGCCAGGGACAGCUUGCUGAAUAUGCAAACCGUUUACAGUGCAUUGCUAAUGGCAUCCAUUGUCUGUGUUUGCAAUGGUUAAACACGCCCUACCGUUCAAUUUUACAAACCUAUUUGAACCCUUUGACUGUUAUUGGAGUAGGUCAUGCAGUAAGGGUUGACUCCCAGAAAUGAUGCACAGCGUGCAAAAAGGGAUUACAUUCAAUUGUUAAGGUGUUUAACUAGUGCUGUGGACAUCAUUUUACAUCAUGCUAAAAAAAUCAAAAAAUGUGAUUGUCCACAAAAGCAUGGUGCUAUAAUAAUAAUAUUAACUUAAAACAGAACAUACAUGGAUAUCAUAAGAAGCAAAUAUGCAACCAGGAGAAGGACACAGAGCUGGCACUUAAGUGACUUGCUUUAAGCACAUACGACUCCUUGCACAGCUCAUAUUUAUUAUAUAUAAGUAGGUGCAACCCAGUUUUAAAGCUUGUUCACGGUUUACGUACAGAAUUUGGAAAAGUAGGACCGAUGGCAAGCUUCCAUGUUUUUAUUUUCUUUGACAGCCAAGAUAAAGAGGCAUUUUAAAAAUGUUAAUCGUUUUAAUAUUUUAUGUAUUUAAAUAAUAAUACUACUAUUUUAUCCUGAAACCUUAUUGAACUGGAUCGAUGAAUUCUUGCUUUUUUGCUGUUAAGGGGACAAUGUAUUUCAAUUGUGCUUUGUGUUUGUUCCAAAUAAAAUUGUAAACUUUUACAUUUUUACAAACUGUACUAAAAAACAGUGCUCUUAUUAUUCAUUGAUAUAUGAAUUAACCAGUACAGGUGCCUCUGUUUUGUUUUAAUGUCUUUGUGUUAGGAACAAGCAGGUACGUUUCUUUAUUGAUAAUGGCAAUGAUGUGGAAAUGCUGUUGAUUCUCAGUAAUACAAAGCUGUUUCACUUGUAAUUUAUAUAUAUUUUUUCUCUGUUAUUAAAAUACUUAAGAUUUUUAUGAA